AUGUCCCAAUACAUGUACACCAGCUUCGCCCCCGUCCCUCCCAUUCUUUCUCGCAUCGAGUCGACCAGGCCAAAGACUGCGACUGCAACCUUGACAAACAAGAGCAAACAACAACAACCACACACGGCGGUUGGUGCUAGUGCUGCAACUACAGAUACUACUACCACCACUACCACCACUACUACUCCUGCAUCUGCCACUACAACUCUGUCAACAACAUCAACAAAACCCCCCGCUGCCGCCCACGCCGCCGUCGCACCACCUACCCCGUCUUCCUCUUCUUCGUCCUUCUUCUCAAAGGCCAACCCGGCGGAUUCUUCGCGCAUACCGUCGCGCCAACCAUCAUCAAACAGUUCUCACUUUGGACAGCAGCAGCAGCAGCAGCAGCACCACCACCACCACCACCCCGCAACCCGUCUCAAGCACAUCCGCACAUCGUCAUCGUCCUCGGCGUCACGCUCCUCGCACGAGACCUCACUCACACCCACGUCAACGAUCCUCUCGACUGCGUCGCCCAUCGACCCGCGCGAUCUUACCUCGCCAGCGUCUCCAAAGAAGCACAAGCAUCACCACUCGCUACAAGAGACACGCGCUGGUGCCGACCGCACUCGCAUCCGGGUGCCGGCGCGCCUUCGCAAGGAAAGCGGCACCUUAAGCUCCUACGCGAGACACCCGCUUGUACCGCCUACACCAUCUCACAUCGGUCUCACUCCGAAUGAGCUAAAACAUGUCGCCAUGCUCGUCGACACGGACACAUCGGGCCGUCAUCUCACUGCCGGCAAGGCCGGUGCAAUUCCUUUUUCCCGUACCGACAGUCUUUCGUCGGCGGCUCCUUCAACCGCCUCCAUGUCGACCCGCACAAUGACGUCCUCCGACCCCACGACAAACUCGUUCGAUGCCUCCCGCCCUUACUGCUUGCGCAAUGGCCGCACAUAUCUGUCAGAUCCGUCGUUAGCAUACCCCUUGCCUGUUGACCUGAGCGAGAUCCAUCGCCAGUCAUUGCGCACACUGCUGCUCAUCCAGUUGUUUGGUUCGCCAAUCUGCUCCACAGCAUUUGCUAGCAAGCCGCCUGGUCGUGUCCUCGAAGUCGCCUGCGGUUCCGGAUUCUGGAGUCAGUCGUGUCACCGGUAUUUCGCGCAACGAGGCCACCCAGAUAUCCACUUCACUGGCAUGGACAUUGGCCCAAUGGGGCAGCAUGCGGGGGACGUAUCUCGCGACAUGAAAUGGCGAUUCAUGCAGCACGACAUUCGCAACUUUCCGUGGCCGUUUGCCGAUGGCGAAUUCGACUUGGUCAUGGUCAAGGAUCUGAGUCUGGUUGUGACGUCGCCGCACGCACUGCAGAACGCCAUUGAAGAAUAUCAUCGCAUUCUUCGCCCCGGUGGCACUGUGGAAUUCUGGGAUAGCGACCACCAGAUCCGCAUGUUGCGGCCCCACGCCGCGCCACAGUCUGGCAACACCGAAGACACCGCCACCGUCGCCUCGCUCGGCGCGUAUCCCAUUUCGGCAAAGACCCCUUUGAGCGCGCCGCUGAACAACUUCCUCGUCGAGUACAACAGUUGGGUUCACCGUGCACUCGAGUCCCGCAAUCUGAGUCCUGUGCCUUGCACUCUCAUCGGUCCCAUGCUCAUCCAGGAAUCCGAGGAGCUGACUGACAUACAAAGCAAGCGCCUGGCGAUCCCACUUUCUGAAGUUCGCUGGGAGCGCGAGGGCGUCGGCGGUGUCGUGACCAAGGACGGCAAGUCGUUCAUCAACUCUGGCAAGGGCAAGGGCAAAGACAAACCGGACGAGCAGAAGAAGACGUUGACCGAGGCCCAGGCGGCGCUCCGCCGCACGGCCUUGAUGACCGUCGUACAGCAGAUCCAGAGCCUGGAGCCGAUCUUGCGCGAGGUCAGCGGCAAGAGCCAAGACGAAUGGGACGGCUGGCUAGGCAAGAUGAUGAACGACCUCAUGAGGGAGAACGGUACGAGUUGGGGAGAGUGUUUGGAGGUCGGUGCCUGGUGGGCACGCAAGAGGGAGCGAUGA